AUGAGCCCAGUGGCAAGCAACGAGGUACAUGCAGACGCGCGAGGCGGGAUGAAGCUCGUCGUUGUCCUCGCCGCCGCUGCUGCUGGCCUCGUUGCCGCUCGGCCCUCCCCUCCCGUUCUCUCCAAUAACGCUAUCGUCUGCCUGGGCUCUGCCAUUAGGGACGCCGGCUGCUGGUUCACCGACAUCCCGUGCAUCUGCAAGGAGAAGCUGAUGGACAUACGCUCCAGGGCCGAGCUCUGCCUCAUGGAGAAGCAUUGCACUCAGGAAGACAAAAAUGGGACUCUCCUCUCCAUCCAGUCUUUCUGCCUCGAAUAA